CGUUCGUACCUGAGGCCGCUGAGAAAAUCCCCUCGCUCCUCCAGGACCUCAGCGGUGCGACUCUAGAACGCAAGAGCUUGCACUUGGCUCAGCUGGUGCGUCUCUAGAACGCCGGCAAAAUCCUAAAGGGCAGGACGGUCAGAUGCCAUGACUAUAUCUUCGACCAACGGUUCUCCCAGCACAUCUCUUUCAAACGCCUGGCGCAUCGCGUACGAACUACCACCGCCUCCAGAGCCAUCACGUGGGCGACAGAGACACACGGAAACGCGCUAUCUUACAGCGGCUCCUUAGUUCCCUCGGUUUCUCGCUCGCACUCCCCAGAGACCAUCCCCUUUCACGGCUCCGUUCGCUCUCCUCCUGAGAGUGGCUGGUACUAAGGACGGAGGCUGGUUCCUAAACACAAACUUGUAGUAACGCUCAGGAACCAUGAGUGCGCGGAACAGAGUGGCCCGUCGUCUGCGGCCGCAUUUACUACUAUGCGCUGGUCGUUCCGCUGCGAACUGUGGAUUCCUCUUUCGACACGUGGCUAACUCCGUCACUACCGUUGUGCUGCUGUUAUGGCUCCUCCUCCUCCUCGCAGUAGCGCCACGCGCUCAGUCACUCUCGAAGCAGUCUGUAGCCACGACGACUACGACUCCCCGUGUAGAAGAUGCCGCCAGGUCUCCCGCGUGGCCCUCGCCCGUCGACGGCUCCGCUUCUUCCAGAAGUUCCGCGCGCGCUGAUUCCUUCCCCCGCCCGCUCCGCCGGUUGACUGCGCUGGGCCUUGUGCAGUGGUGGCUGCGCCGACACUCGCGGAAGCCGGGCGCCUCCGCCUAUCGCCAGCCGCGCAUGCCCUACGGGCGCACUCUCGGCAUCCCCCCGCCGCGCGCGCACCUGCUGUCAGCGCAGCCGGCGUUCAACCCGGUGUCGCGGUACCUGUCGCUGGGGCUGUCGUUCGCGCCCGAUACGGGCAAGCCAGUGUGGGAGUUCCCGCCUAACGCGUCGCUCGUCUACAAGUUCGGGCCCGUCGGCGACCAGGGCCAAUGCAGCGCGUGCUGGGCGUUCGCGGCGGCGGGCGCGGUGGAGGGCGCGUACUACGCGCUGUCGGCGCAGCUGCCGCCGAACUCGUCGCUGUCGUCGCAGCAGCUGGUGGACUGCGCCGUGGGGUCGUGCGCGGGCGGGUACCCGGAGGACGCGCUGCAGUACGUCACGGCGAACGCGCUGGGCUAUGCGACGUCGUACGCGUACCGUGCGACGAAGGCGACGUGCAAUGCGACGGGCGUGCAGCAGCACGUGGGGACGCAGACUACGAUCCGCCCAGCAGGGGCGGCCAACACGAACACGGUGCCGUCGGCGCUGCGCAUCCAGCUGUACGAGCAGGUGCCGCUGGCGGGCGCGCUGGGGCUCAUCCUCGCCGUGCAGAAGCAGCCCGUUAUAGUCACGCUGCACGGCUCGCACCCCUCGUUCGCCGGCUACACGGGCGGUCUCUACGCGGACGAAACAUGCUUCAACCCCGCGAGCCCUGUCCUAGACCACGCGGUCCUCGUGGUGGGGUACAGCUUCAGCACGCCAGGCGCCAGCGCCAACCACUUCGUGCUGCGCAACAGCUGGGGGCCGGCGUGGGGCGAGGCGGGGUACAUGCGCGUGGCCAUGAGCGCGGAGUACGGGGGCAUCUGUGGCAUGACGUACAACCUUGGCGUCUACCCCGUGCUGGACCCUCAGAAGCAGUCUAACCCCUGCAUGUCAUGUGGAGGGGGCGCAUGUGCCACCACUCGCAUCCUCGGCCAUGGCACAGCCACUACCACCACCUACUCCUCCUUAUCCUCCUCCUCCUCUUCCAUGUUCACCACCUCUUCUUCCUCCUCCUCACUCUCUCCCCCCCCUCGCUGGCCCCGCCGUUCCAACUUGGAGAUUGCUCUCACGCGCCUGCAGCGCGCGACACAAGAGGAGCAGGGGCGUGAGGGACAGGGGGACAGCAGGCGGCAGCUGGUUUCCAGCGACAGCAAUCCCACUAGAGGCCAGCACCGCCAGCACCACCGGCAGCACCAGCAGCACCAGCACCAUCAGCGUCAGCAGCAGCAGCAGCAGCAGCGGCACAAGGGAGCAAGCUCGAAAGGUUCCACACGAUCGAGCUCCAAGAAAGUGAGCAGUAAGGCUGUCGCUACUGGCAGUAGUGGCUCUAGCAGCAGCAGCAGCAGCAGCAGAGCGGUGGUAGCAAGCAGCAUCAAGUCUACUGUGUUGUUGGGGAUGGGCGGCGGCAGCAGCAGCAGCAGUAGCUCCCUGGUGGCAGCAGCUAAAGCCAUCCUGGCUGCUGUGAAGAGCAGCAAGGCGUUUGAGAAAAUCAGAGGGGCGGCUGCAGCAGCAGCACGUUCCCAGCCACCAGCAGGCAGCAGCGCUGGCAGCGCUGGCAGCGGUAGCAGCACUGCUUACCGAUCCCCCACUCCCCCGGGCAGACUAGCCAAGUCCUAUGCUGCAUACUCCAUCGCCUCACCGCCACCACACUCCCCACCACCACCAAAGCCUCCUUCCCCGCCUCCCCCCAUCACCACCCCCCCUGACAGCAUGCCGUGCCCCCCUCCCCCGCCCCCCCCGCCUUCGUAUGGCGGAUACCGGUGCCUGUGUGGGCCGGGGCUCACUCUGGCUAUCAGCAAGGACGGCAGCCAGGCAUGCGUCAUGGAGGACGCGUGUGCGGCGUUCACGAGCAACCCGUGCGGCGUGGGCGCGUGUGUGAAUGACGGGGAGGGCGGGUACUCGUGCGUGUGCCCGCCCAACUACGCGCGCAGCACCCUCAGCUCGGGCGAGCCCACCUGCGUGCCACGCACGGCAGCUGGCAAGAGCAGCACAUACCAGGUGGUGGGAGGCGAGUCGUGCUACGACGUCUACGUGUUCUUCGGCCUCUCAGAGGACCAGCUCCUGCAACAGAACGCCGGCAUUGACUGUGACAACCUAGAGGAAGGCACGGUGUUGAACGUGCAGCCAGACAGCGACAUACAGAGCUGCCGCACUAGAUACCCCAUCUCACUGGUGGACAGCCUAGCACCCGACUGUGCAGGCAUAGAGGAGCGCUUUGGCGUGGACCUAGUGGCUCUCAACCCAGGCCUGGACUGCUCGCACCUUGUGCCGGGGCACCAGGUGUGUGUGGAGCGCGGCAAGAGCAUGGCGGGGAUGGACGAGCACCGCAUGUGCACGCAGUACCAGGCAGUGGGCGUGGGGGACACGUGCGAGAGCAUGAUAGACACCCACGGCAUCUCGUGGCUGUCGCUGUAUCGCCUCAACCCCGGGCUGCUGUGCGACAACUUGAAUGCACUCAUCGACCAAGAGAUCUGUGUCGCAGGCAAGCCAGUGGGGGCGGUGGUGUGUGGGAAGCCAGUGAACGGGGUGAAGAACCGCAAGUACACAGUGAAUGCGGGCGACAGCUGCGCGUCGCUCGUGGUGGCGCAGUUCCAGCGCAACCCGCCCCUCGUGCCGCUGCUCAACCGUGGGUGGAUGUGCCGCCAGCAGUCGCUCUUCAAGGGCAUGCCGCUCUGCAUACCCAUAUGAUGAGAGCCGCAGAGAGGCCUGUCUGUUUUUUAGACGCCUUACCUGCGGCUCUCUGGGCUAAAAAAGAAAUCUCUUUUGCGCACCCAUAUGAGGGCCGCAGAGAGGCCUGAGCUGAGGGGCCUGGGCAGAGAGGCCUGGAGGGGUGCCUCGCAAGGCACCUGCAGGCGAUUGGGGGAGGAGACACAUUUGGGGAGGUACUGACGAAACAUAACAAUUCUCGAUGACAUGAAUCAAGGACGGGCUAACAGCAGCGAAGCAAUGUGGUUGCUGAGGCUGCUCAACUGACUAUGGAGUAGGAUGUUUUUACGAGGCCUAGUAGCGCGUGGCUGGAUUGGGGACGUUGAGUGUGGAGGAUUGUGGGUCGUGGAAGCAUGCGCCUCGCUGUUCCACGUUAAAAGUGCAGGUGCCUUGUUGGACGUUGGCAUGUAGUGUUCAAGUGAAAGAAUGACU